AUAUCAUUAUCAUCGUUAUCAUCACAAUCAACAAUUUGUAAAUAAAAAAAUAAUAUGUUCCGUGACUCUUUUGAUCUUCAGCAUGAUAUAAAGAUUCAUUGAAUUAUCUAGCAAUGAAAAAGAAAAUAAGAAAGAGUGUUUACGGGAAACAUUUCACAGAACGAGAAAGCGACGAUAAAUCGCGAAGGAUAACUCGGUGCGAGCACUGCCACCAAGUGUUCUCCAUGCCGAGUUAUAGCUUCGGAAAUAUGGCACGGCACAUAAAGAACAAACAUCCCGCCAUAAAUAUGAUGGUUCGAGAGGCUGAAGGCAUGGACGUGUCUGACACACAGAUAAACUCAGAAACAGAAGUAGAGUAUGAGACUGAAGACGGAGACGACAGUGAAACAUCUACUGUGGAAAUGGACCAAAAGAAAGAUUCACCAAAUGAUCUAGAACUGAAACAAAAAAGAAGACGGAGUGUUUACUGGAAUCAUUUCACAGUGAUAGAAGAUGAUGAUGGAGUGGGGAGGAGAGCCAGGUGCAAGCACUGCGACCGAGUGAUUGCCAUAAAACGCGGCACCAGUGGAAACCUGGCACGUCACUUGAAAGCUCUUCACCCCGCCGUAAUGGUGAUGAUUGAAGAGGCUGAAAACAGGUACAUGUCAUUGUCUGUAACACAAACAGACACAGGAACAGAAGUAGAGUAUUUGGCUGAAGAAGGGCUUGACAGUGAAACGGAGCGAAAGAAAGAUUCAUCAAAUGAUCAAGAACUGAAAGACAAGAGAAAAAGGAGUGUUUACUGGAAUCAUUUCACGGUGUUGAAAUCAUUUGACGAUGAUGGACACCGUCGGAGGGCCCGGUGCGACCACUGCGGCCGGGUCAUCGUCAUUGCCCGGGGCAACGUUGGGAAUCUUGCACGCCACUUUAAGGCCAAACAUCAAGCCAUAGAGAUAAUGAUUCAAAAGGCUGAAGGCAGAUACCUGUCUGAAACAGAAACACACAUAGAAGGAACAGAAGUAGAGUAUUUGAAUGAAGACGGACUGGACUCCGAAACGGACCGAAAGAAAGAUUCACCAAAUGAUAUAGAACUGAAAGACAAGAGAAAAAGGAGUGUUUACUGGAAUCAUUUCACGGAGUUGAAGUCAUUUGACGAUGACGGACACCGUCGGAGAGCCAGCUGCGACCACUGCGGCCGGGUCAUCGCCAUUGUUAAUGGCAUGAUAGGGAAUCUGUCACGACAUUUGAAGGCGCUUCAUCCCACCGUGAUGGCAAAUAUUGAAGAGGGAGAAGCCCAAGACUUGUCAGAAACACAAACCCACUCAGAAACAGAAGAAGUAGAAUAUGAGACAGAAGACGGUCGUAAGUUCUACAUAGUGCCAGCUGAUACAGCCGCGGAGACCAAGACCAAACGACGAAAACUAGACCCAACUCCUUCACCAAACACACACAAAAACAUGUCAAUACUAGAGUCCCUCCCGGCACUUAUUAAGAAGAAGGAAUUGGAUAAAUUUGAUAUAUUCGGCACUUUAAUAGCUAUGAAAAUGAGAGAAUUAGACUCCCGACAACAGAUUUUAGUUGAGAAAGUAAUAAAUGAUGCUUUACACGAAGCUGAGAUAAGCAGCUGGCAAGCGACCAGCCAGUCUACGGAUUAUAAAGAGGAGGAUCCACUUAAUACACUGCAGAAUUCAUAACUGCGGGUUUUACAUCGUACGAGUGGCGAGUAAAG